AUGCGGAAACGAAAAGAUUUGGAAGAGAUUUCGAAGAGAAAUGAAUUUGCAGGAUUUGGCAGAGAUUUAGUGAAACGAUGUCUUCAGAAUGGGUUAACAGUUUUUGCAGGAUGUCGCCGCGCCAUUAGUGUAAAAGAAUUGGAAGAUAGCUACAGCUCAAUCAGUCAAGGUCGACUGUAUGCAUUCCAAAUGGAUGUAACCGAUGACGAGAGUGUCCGAAAAUCUCGAGAAAUCGUAGACACUGUUUUGAGAGAAAAAAAUCUCGUCUUUCACGCUCUAAUCAACAACGCUGGAGUGCGGGGCAAUAUCUUCUACGAUGACUUUUUGACCGUGGACGACUAUAAAGACGUGUGGGAAGUGAAUACGUGCGGCGUAAUUCGAGUAACGCAAACGUUUCGUGAUCUUAUCAAAAAGUCCAGAGGUCGAAUAGUAAUGUGCUCAAGUAGUGUGACACUCGUUUGUGCACCUGGUUUUGGUCCUUAUUGCUCAUCAAAGUGUGCUCUUCAAGGUUACACUGACGUUAUCAGGCAUGAACUUGGAUCAUAUGGAGUACAGGUGAUAACAAUAUCUCCGGGCUCAUUUUUGACCGGAAUGCAAGAAAUUCAGGGUUUAAAAAGUAUGAUCGAUACAGUUUGGUAUCGAUCAUCAGAAGAUCUCCUCGAUGAAUACGGCCACAACUAUUUGACGAAAGCAAAAGUAUUUGUACAUAAUCUUCAUGCACAAAUAUUAUCAAAAGAUACAACAUGGGUAAUUAAUUCUUAUUAUGAAGCUAUUGUUGCAAGACGUCCAAAACUAUCUAACAUUAUUGGUUGGGAUGCAAUACUUCUUUUUUAUCCAGUUUCAUGGCUUCCGCCAUUUAUGCAACUGCAAAUCGUGAAAUUCAUUCUUUAUCUGCUCGACGCACCAAUACCAGUAGCAACAAUGAGAAAGAAAAAAAGUUUGAAAAGCAAUUGA